CACCGGAUAAAUAACAUAUUAAAGGAUUUUGGGACAAAGGGCAGAAGAGAGAGGAGGGAGCGCAGAAAGCGAAAGAAGAUGUCGCUGAGAUUACUUCAUCUUCUUCCUCAAAAAACUUGCUCAUCUCGGAAUCUCGGAUAUCACCAUCUGUUGUUGACCCGGCCCGUAACCCGAAUACAGUGCGUAAGGAGAGACGGUGAAGAAGAUGAGAUAAUCGGCAACAUGAGGAUUAGGAGGCCCAAGAGGAGGAAGAAGAUUCUGAGCGAUUCAGAGCUGGCGAACGACUUGGCCAGAGAAAUCGGGAAAGCGAACACAGCCUCGGAACAGAGACGAGAAGCGAUGAAGAAGAGCGGCGAGAUUCUGUGGGGAGAGUUGUGUAGGCAUAUGGAUUUGAAGGAAGAUGAGAUGAGGAUCAAAUGGAGGAAUAUUGGGGACGAAGAGAAGUUGAGCCUGGUUCGUGAGUUUGUGGAUGAAUGGGCUGGAGACUUUCAGCCUCUAUCUGUUAGAUCUGUGAAAGAAAUGGUUGAACAAGAGUGUUUGGAUUCUUCUUCUGUGGAAUCUUCUUCUUCUUCUUCUUCAAUGUCUUCGUUUUCUGGGUUGUUUCCUGGAUUGAAGAGAAUCAUUGGGUUUGAGUAGAAGAAAGAAUCUCCAAUGUUCCUUUUUAUAAUAAACAUAAUGUUUCGUUUGCAUUGUCUGAUCAAAUCCACUGCCACUUUAUCUGCAAGUUUGAUA